AUGGAAGCUAAGGGUGAACAGAUCGAUGGAUUUGUGAAUGAUGCUGAAAUGCCUUUAAUUGUUGCAAUAAAUGAAGGAGAUUUAGGUCAUUCUUAUUUAAUUUAUAGUGAAUGCCACUUGACAAUAAUUUGGGAUGUCUAUCUUACAGAUGAGGUGAAGCGUAUAUUAGAUUCACCACAUCCAGAAGAGCUACUCAAUGUAAAGGACCAGCAUGGCAAUGCGCCCCUGGAUAUUGCUGUUCGUAUAAACUAUGUGCAUAUAAUACGGCAGCUAACAGAGGAGAAAGUAUGGGAGAAACUUUGUGGAAUAUGGAAGAAACAUUGUGUUUGUACUAAUGAGGACGGAGAAACUCCCAUCUGUAUGGGAGCGAAAUUGGGGCAUCGGGAAGCAGUAAAAGAGUUGAUAGAGAUCAGACCAGACGCUGUUGAAAUACCAAAUAGUUGUGGAAUGAACGUGCUACACUUAGCUGCCCAAGUUAGCCAAAUGCGAAUUGUUGAUUACUUGAAUGGAUACUGGAAAGAAACAAAAAAGGCAUGGGCGAAGGCAUUGGGGCACGACCUCUUCCAAGACCCCUGCGUGGAGGACGACCCCUUCCUCAACCAGAAGCACGACCGAAACCUCGGCCACCACCUCGCCUACUCUGCUCCACUUGGGGACCCUCUACUUUUGUUUUGGGAGAUGGUGAUUUCGCUGCUGAACAUACGGGGCAUAAAGAAGGGGGCGUUCAAUGAGGCAGGCUUAACAGCCGUGGACAUUGCAAGACAAAACACGGAGUACCACGAAAGUUACGAGAUAAUUGCACUACUGGCUAAUUAUCCUGCCAAGAGCAAACCUUUCCUGUAUAGCGCUCCAAAGGUGAGUGCCCAAAAAUACGAGAAUGCCAUUAACAUGGUCCAUAAAACAUAUGAUGACAGGCGCAACUCGGAAUUGGUGAUAGCAGUUCAAGUGAAGUCUAAUCAAAUCGAAAUGGCUUGA